ACUUUAGACUAAUGUAAGUUGUUGCAAAAUCAGAUCACCGCAAAUUGUAUAAUGCAUCUCUCGUAAAUUUAUGGAAAAUUAGUUUUCGAAAAUAAGUUUUAACCCUUACCUAUAUUGCGAAAUGGAUUUAAUCUAAGACUUGAUUAUAACGGCAGUUGAAACAAAUAAAAACUGAUGAGAUGGAGCAAGCAUACACCGGAAGCCCAAUUCAAGAACUCUAUAGAUUUCGAAAUGCUAUUAACGGUCCAGAAGAUAUAGUUAUACCUGAGAAACCUGAGAAUCGAAGAGUUACUGACAAAACAUAUACGAUUACAUUUAUCGUUAUUGCUUUAAUAUUGGUCUGCUUCAUAGGUUACACUUUCAUUAAGGCUGAUCUGCGAACCUUAAUGGGGUAUGAUAGUUGUGGAAAUUUCUGUGGCUACAAAAAUGAGAAAUAUGAUGAAUGGAGUUGCACAGGCAAAGAUUACACGAAUGAGAAAUAUUUGAAGAUAAUUGAUCGAACUUACAAUACCCCAGAAGAGAGAUUCUGUCUUGCACAUUGUCCACCACCAUCAGCUGAAUAUUCCUGUGCAGACAAUACAGUUGAUCCAGACGAUGAUAUAAUUGCUGGAUGGUGGGUCGUUUUGUUAUCAUUAAUUAUUUGCUGUGGAUUAUGUUUGGGUACAAUCCUCCUUUUCAAGUAUGCAGUUGCUACCCUUGUUUGGAGUCUUCUCAUUGGUGGUCUAAGCGUCCUUGCAAUAGCAGCUUUAGCAUGCUGGAUAACCUACUUUAAAGAAAAUGGAGAUCCUUAUUACGAAAAUACAGCCCAUGGUUAUCUUUCGCUGGCAAUUCUAUUGACCUUUUUUGUCAUAAUAAUGGGACUUUUUCUCACAUGCUUCAUCAAGAGAGUUAAACUUAUUAUUCAACUGUUCGAAGAAGCUGCUAAAGCUGUUUUCGAAAUACCUGGUUUGAUCUAUCUACCUAUAAUGACUUUCGUAGCAGCAACCAUUUCUGUUGUCAUUUUCUUAACUCUAAUCACAUAUAUGAGUGCCGCAAGAACGCUUGUAGAAGUAUCAUCAAGUAUGCCAAUCGAGCUGGCAUAUGAGAUCAACGGUGCCAUGAUAUUUGCUAUAAUCUUGAAUUGUUUCGUUUUUAUCUGGAUUUGGGUGUUUAUGACUGGAGCUCAAUAUAUGAUCAUCGCUGGCGCUAUAGCUUCUUGGUUCUUCACAAGGAAUAAGUCUAACUUAGGUAGGCCAUUGUGGAUUUCCUUCAUGGUAUUCGUAAAGUUCCAUUUGGGAACCGUAUUCAUCGGAUCCUUGAUAAUUGCAGUUGUCAUGUGCAUCAAGGCUAUACUGAAAGCCAUGACAAACCGGAAAACACGUUGGAUUAUAAAUUGCUGCUGCAAUCCACUUAUAGAGUUCUUGAAGCUGUUCUCCAAAAAUAGUUACAUUCAGACUGCAAUGCAUGGUCAGCCAUUCUUCAAAUCCGGAAGACGAGCUUUGCAACUGUUAGUUUCGAAUGCAGAAAAUGUCAUUGCCAUCAACUCUAUCGGAGAUUUCGUCCUAGCCAUGGCUCAAAUUUUACUCAUCAUCGUUGGCACAGCUAUAGCGUGUCUGAUAGCUAAGGCAACAGGAAAUGAACAAUGGGCUAUCAUUGGUUCCCUUUGUUUCUGUCUUAUAACAUACAUGGUUAUAUCAUUCUUCGGCAUAUUCGAAGCAACGAUAGAUUCAAUCUUCAUGUGCUUCUGUGAAGAUUCUUUACUUAAUGAUGGCAUGGCCAGGCCUUAUUUCAUGAGCAAGGAGCUACGUAAGAUAAUAGAAAAGAGCAAGGGUCUCGUUCCUGAUAAGAAAAACUGAACAAAAAUCACAUUUAAUUUAUUAUCCAAUAAUAAGAGUAAGAUGUAUAAAAUAUUUAAAAUAUGUUUUAGACGUCUUGGAUUAGAUGAAUUUUUGAAAUAUUUUUGUAUUGAUUGAAAAAUGGCUGCGAAUAAACUCUUUUCUAUGUUUUAA